GUAACUAAAAUUUCUGAACAUUUUUUUACAAAAGAAUCUUUAGAAAUCUGAUUUUUUUCGAAAAUUUCAAUUUAUGAUUUUUUUACGAAAAAAAAAAAUAAGAAACCAAAAUUAGAAAACAGAAGAUACAGGAAAUACAGAACACUUAACGCUACAGUGAAUCUUUGGUACACUGCUAGCUGAUGGGCCGGCUUGAGUUGACUAUCUGACGCAUUUAGCGUCAGAUAGGACCCUCUGUUCGGAGGUGGAAUGGAGAAGCUGCCGGAGCCCACACGUGGGCAGAGCGAGAUGUCAUGGGAUGAGCAGGGGCGGCGCGAAUCUGCUUUUGGGUGCGGCGGUGUGAUGCCAGCGGGAGGGCCGAGUCCCCAGGCUCGAGGCGCGUCCGGAGCUUGGUGCUCCGGCAAGUUCGGCUGGGAACGAUGGAGAGUCGAAACUCCGCGGCGAGCUGAUGCGGCGUACUUGGAAGCCAGCGUCGGCGGCGCCGGAGGACUAGUCCGUCGACGCGCGCAAGGUAGCAAGCACAAGCUCAGUUUGCCACCAUUGUUUGGAACCUUCUCGAGGCCUUUUGCUACCGAGCAGCUAUUCCAUAAGAAAACAGUGCGAAUCUCCAUGGUGAAAAAGGGAACAGGUAUGCAUCAACAUAUGCAUUCAGAGUUUUCCACUCCAAUCUUAGCAUUCAGGUUUUGUUAGAUCUUCCUUUUUCUAAAAAGAAGAUUUAUUUGACUUGAAGCAAAAAUGUACCACCUCUGUUCUUAAAUGUACGACGGCGCACUAUUUAUUUAAAAGAGUUGACCCUCAAAAUAGUUUAUUUCCUACUCCACCAAGGCAUCUCAUCAUAUUGAUGCUCUUGUUCAUCUCCAUUAUUGCCCCCAGUUUUAUUUGUUAGGUCACCUGUCAUACGUUUCAGUUAAGUAAUGAACUUCUUUCGAAGCCUAGACCUACAAACUCCAUUUGCUUUUCCAGCAUAGCGUGCAUAUGCAUGCCAUCAUAUUGGUGCUCAAAUCGUGCAUAGGAAGGCACAGGUAUCCCUCAAAUAGUGAUGCACGGAAGUGCCAUGGGCCAUCAAUGCGAGCAAGAGGCAUUCAACUGAUCGAGUUGACCUUCUUGUCGAGCAUAGGCGUCUUCUUUGCUCGCUCCAAGUGAUUUCUUCUUCCCUGCUGGUCGUGCCUCUGUUCCAGUUGCUCUACCAUCCAGUUGGGAGGUCCUUGCCACCACUCUUCUGCAAAUGGUAUGCAAACUUGUCACGAUAAGCAAAAUAGCAGCCAUCAUCGCAGACCUAGCUGUCAGUUAACAGCUGCUGGAGAAGUUUCAGUUUCGUCAGUCUUAGGUGUUCGUUUUUCUUUUCGUCAGUUUCGACAGUAGUUUGAUUUCUUCAGAGAUAAGCCGAGCUGCGUCUCGGUCGUAGUUUGUUAGAUUCUUCCGCGGCUCUGACCCGAUCGUGGGAUGGCACGAAGUAAACGGUCAUGGCCGCAGUGCGAGCAAUGCGCGGGGAGCGCUGGGAUGGCGGUGCUCACGACCCGGACAUGGCUUGUUUUUCGGUUUUCAGUUAGCGUUGUAAUCUCUGAAUAAAAGAACAGAAAAGCUGCAAAGUUCAGUGCGGCACAAAAACAUCACCGUCUUCCUCUCUCUCGUGUGAGCUCUCUCGUUAGGUCUGACAAGUGGCAUCAGAGCCGCGUUGCUGGGUCCUGUGAUGGCAGGUGAUGAUGGCAAGAAGAAGGCGGGGGACGUCGACGACGACGGCAGCAAAGGCUCGCCAAAAUCCGCAGUCGGCCAAGGGCGCGAGCUGGCGGUGGCGAGGCAGUUCGCUCCGGUCGUGUCGGGUCACGCCAACGUGCCACCAUUGACCCGCACGAACUACGCCGAGUGGAGUCUCCUCAUGGAGGUCGGGAUGCAGGCGAGAGGGAUGUGGCGCGCGAUCCUGGGCGCGGAGGAUCUCGACGACGAGUACGGGUACCGCAACGACAAGGGCGCGAUGGAGUUCAUCCUCCGAUCGGUGCCUCCUGAGAUGCUGCCCAUGCUGCGCAAGCACCAGACCUCCCAGGACCUGUGGGAGGCGAUCCGCGCCAUGCGCGCGGGCUCCGCGCGCGUCCGAGACGCAAAGGCCCAAACCCUGCGGGGGGAGUUCGACCAGCUGUGCCACAAACCCGGUGAGUCCAUUGAUGAUCUGGCCAUGCGUCUCACAGGGCUAUGUGCGCGCCUCGGCGAACUCGGAGACGCGAUCAGCGACAAGCGCGUGAUCCAGAAGUGGCUGCGAAUUGUCCCCAAGAGGUACUCGCAGCUCGCGGUCUCCAUCGACAACUUGGUCGACUUGGACACGACGUCGAUCGAGGAAAUCAUCGGUCGCUUCAAGGCGGCCGAGGAGCGGUACGAGCUGGACGCCGAGGAGGACGGCAACAGCAAGCUCCUGCUCACUCUGGAGGAGUGGAACGCGCGGAUGGGGCGCGGUGAUCAAGGCGGGUCCUUCAGCGGGGGGGCCAACGGCAACAAGAAGGGGCGUGGAAAGGGCCACGGCGACCGCGGAAAGGGCGUCACCCGUCCCGGCGGCGGAAAAACUGGGCCCAAGCGCUCAGGCAACUGCCGCUACUGCGGUAUUAGCGGCCACUGGGCUCGCGAGUGCCGCAAGAAGAUGAAGGACGAGGGCGGCGGCGAGGCGCACCUUGUGGCGGCUGAGGACGAGGAUCCUGCGCUUCUCAUGGCGCAGGUGACGCCGUUGCCUGACAAGCCCGAACUGGACGCGAGCGGCGAUCAGCUCGUACACCUCCACGAGGAGGGCGCAGAGGUCAGCCUCGGGGCCGCUGGCGACGCCAAGGAACCACUCUGGCAUCUGGACACCGGCGCAUCAAACCACAUGACGGGCAACUCCACCUUCUUUUCGGAGCUGGAUCGCCACGUCGCCGGGACGGUGCGUUUCGGUGACGGGUCGGUGGUCAAGAUCGAGGGGCGCGGGACGGUGGUCUUCGUCGCUCACGGAGGGCGUCACCGCGUGCUCUCUAAGGUAUACUACAUACCCCGCCUGCGUACCUCAAUCAUCUCCGUCGGGCAGUUGGACGAGGCGGGCUGCACCGCUCUGGUGCGGAGCGGCAUGAUGGUGGUGCGCGAUCGCCAGGAGAACGUCAUCGCCAAGGUGUACAGAUCGAGGAACACCGUCAAGCUGGAGAUCACGCGGCGUGAGGAUGCGUGGCGCUGGCACGCCCGCUACGGCCACCUCAACUUCGACGCACUCCGGAAGCUGGCCCAGGACGGCAUGGUGCCCGGCAUGCCAUUGGUCGAGCACGCCGAUCAGGUGUGCGAUAGCUGCCUUGUGGGCAAGCAGCGCCGCGCCCCGUUCCCUACGGAGGCGAACUACCGGGUGGGCGAUCGCCUGGAUUUGGUGCACGGUGAUCUGUGCGGCCCGAUCACGCCGCCAACACACGGAGGAAAGAGGUACUUCCUGUUGCUCGUGGACGACAAGUCACGCUACAUGUGGAUCGUGCUCCUGAGCAGGAAAGAUGAGGCACCAGCGGCGAUCAAGCGCUGGCAGGCAGGGGUGGAGGUGGAGACCUCCGUCAAGCUGCGCGCGCUCCGAACCGACAGGGGUGGCGAGUUCACCUCAACGGAGUUCGGGGAGUACUGCGCUGACCGAGGCGUACGCCGGCAGCUCACUGCCCCGUACUCGCCGCAGCAAAACGGCGUCGUAGAGCGCCGGAACCAGACCGUCGUCGGGACGGCACGGUGUCUCCUGAAGGCAAAGGGAGUGCCGAACGAGUUCUGGGGGGAGGCGGUGACCACCGCUGUCCACCUGCUCAACUGCGCGCCCACGAAGGCAGUGCGCGGCAUGACGCCGUAUGAAGCCUGGCACGGCGACAAGCCGGCGGUGAGCUACUUCCGCACGUUCGGCUGCGUCGCAGACGCCAAGGUGACACGACCAGGCCUCAAGAAGCUGGAAGACCGCAGCCUGCGCACUGUCUUCAUCGGGUACGAGCACGGACAGUCCAAGGCGUGGCGCGUCUACGACCCCGUGGGUAAGCGAGUGCACGUUACUCGCGACGCCGUCUUCGACGAGUCGGCAUGCUGGGACUGGCAGACAGCGACUCCGGGGGAGGGCACUUUCGUCAUCGAAUUCGCGCCCACGGUGGCCCUGACGCAGCAGCCGGAGCAGGCAAGAACAACACCUGCGAGCGUGGCGAGUCCAGACACGCCGGUGCGCGCCCACACUCCAUCUGGGGGUGCAUCGCCCGCGCCCGCGGUGCGCGGAGACACGCCAGUACACACUCCCAACCCCGAGCCUGUGGUGUACAAGGGGAAGGGCGUGAGGGACGGGUACGUCUCACCCCCUCCUGGAGCCACGCCGGACACUGCAUUGGGCACCCACGAGGCGCCACGGCGCUACCGCUCGGUCGACACCGUCCUCGAAGAAACUGAGCCGGCGACCCUGGAUCCAGCCGAGCUACUCCUUGUGGCUGGAGAGGAGCCAAACACAUUCGAGGAGGCGGAACCGCACGCAGCCUGGCGGGCGGCGAUGCUGGACGAGCUCCAGUCCAUUGAUGAGAACAAGACGUGGACGCUCGCCACGCUCCCCGCCGGCAAACAGGCCAUCGGGCUGAAGUGGGUUUUCAAGCUGAAGAAGAACUCUGCCGGAGAGGUCAUCAAGCACAAAGCAAGGUUAGUCGCGAAGGGAUACGCGCAGCGGCCGGGCGUGGACUACGACGAAGUGUUCGCUCCGGUCGCGCGGCUCGAGUCCGUGCACUUACUGCUUGCAAUCGCUGCAUAGGCAGGCUGGGAGGUGCAUCAUCUGGACGUCAAGUCCGCUUUCCUCAACGGAGAGCUGCAGGAGGAGGUAUACGUUGUGCAGCCGCCUGGUUUUGAGUGCCCUGGCGAGGAAGAUAAGGUGCUCCGUCUGUCCAAAGCACUGUAUGGGCUCUGUCAAGCGCCGCGCGCUUGGAACAUCAAGCUGGACGACACUCUGGUGUCGCUCGGUUUUCAAAGGAGCCCAUCGGAGCACGCCGUGUACAUGAAGUGCAAUGGGGACGAGCGAGUGCUGCUAGGGGUCUACGUCGACGACCUCGUCGUCACUGGCUCGAGCUUGGAGGCCAUCGUGCAGUUCAAGCUUCAGAUGCAGUCCGUCUUCUCCAUGAGCGACCUCGGGCUGCUGAGCUACUACCUCGGGAUCGAGGUACACCAAGGGGACGACGCGAUGACCCUCAAGCAGGCAAGCUACGCGGCCAAGAUCGUGGACAAGGCCGGACUUACAGGCUGCAAUCCAGUACACGUCCCGAUGGAGCCGCGCCUGAAGUUGAGCAAAGAAAGCACGAGCCCACCAGUGGACAGAAAGCUCUACCGCAGCAUCGUCGGCAGCCUCCGCUACCUGGUGCACUCGCGACCGGACAUCUCAUUUGCGGUGGGCUUUGUCAGCAAGUUCAUGGAGGCGCCCACAACGGAGCACUGGGCGGCGGUGAAGCAGCUACUAAGGUAUGUUGCAGGCACCCUGAACUAUGGGUGCAGGUACAAGAAAGGUGAGCCGAAGCCGCAGUUGGUUGGUUACAGUGAUGCGGACUUCGCCGGCGAUGUUGAUGACAGGAAGAGCACCUCAGGGACGGUGUUUGUGUUCGGUAAGAGUACGAUCAGCUGGCAAUCCCAGAAGCAGAAAGUGAUCGCCCUCUCGUCGUGCGAAGCCGAGUACAUGGCGGCAACCACAGCCGCGUGCACAGGCGUCUGGCUCCGGCGAAUGCUCAUUGAUCUAUUGGGAGAUCCGGGGAGUGCAACACCACUGCUCAUCGACAACAAGUCAGCAAUCCAACUUUGCAAGAAUCCUGUCUUCCAUGACAGAACUAAGCACAUCGAGACGCGGUUUCACUUCAUUCGUGAGUGUGUGCAAGAUGGGAGGAUCGCCGUCGACUACAUCCACACCGGCGAGCAACUUGCUGACAUCAUGACCAAGGCGCUGCCACGGGUGAAGUUCCAGGAGCUGCGAGAGAAGUUGGGCAUGGUCGACAUCAGCAGCUGAUUAAGGGGGAGAUUGUCAGUUAACAGCUGCUGGAGAAGUUUCAGUUUCGUCAGUCUUAGGUGUUCGUUUUUCUUUUCGUCAGUUUCGACAGUAGUUUGAUUUCUUCAGAGAUAAGCCGAGCUGCGUCUCGGUCGUAGUUUGUUAGAUUCUUCCACGGCUCUGACCCGAUCGUGGGAUGGCACGAAGUAAACGGUCAUGGCCGCAGUGCGAGCAAUGCGCGGGGAGCGCUGGGAUGGCGGUGCUCACGACCCGGGCAUGGCUUGUUUUUCGGUUUUCAGUUAGCGUUGUAAUCUCUGAAUAAAAGAACAGAAAAGCUGCAAAGUUCAGUGCGGCACAAAAACAUCACCGUCUUCCUCUCUCUCGUGUGAGCUCUCUCGUUAGGUCUGACACUAGCUCCUUUCUUCUUGUUCACUCAUAUAGUAUACUCUUCUCCAUUUGCAUU